GAAAAAGUAGCUGUCAAAUGCGCGGCUCCUUUAACCAGAGCGAUCAGUCCGGCUCGGAGAGUCAUGGCGACCACAGCGUCUAACCACUACAGCCUGCUCACCUCCAGCUCUUCCAUGGUGCAUGCGGAGCCGCCGGGGAGCAUGCAGCCGGGCGCCGGCUACAGGGAUGCACAGACGCUGGUGCAGCCGGACUACACGCUGCAGAGCAACGGGCACCCGCUCAGCCACGCUCACCAGUGGAUCACGGCGCUGUCCCACGGUGGGGGAGGCGGCGGCGGCGGGGACUCGCCCUGGUCCACCAGCCCCCUGGGCCAGCAGGACAUCAAGCCCUCGGUGGUGCAGUCCGGGGGCCGGGGGGACGAGCUGCAGCAGCACCAGCAGCAGCAGCACCAGCAGCAGCAGGGGAGACCGCCCCACCUGGUGCACCACGCCGGCAGCCACCACGCCGCCGCCGGGGCAUGGAGGACGGGCGCCUCGGCUCACCUGCCGCCCAGCAUGGCCUCCUCCAACGGGGGGCAAGCGGGGCUGCUGUACUCCCAGCCGCCGGGCUUCACGGUCAACGGGAUGCUGAGCUCCGGCCAGCCGGGCUUGCACCACCACGGCCUGAGGGAUGCCCACGAUGAGCAGCAGCACCACGGCGGAGAGCACCCCGGGGGGCACCCGCAGCAGCACCCUCCGCACCAGCAGCAGCAGCACCCCGGGGGCGGCGGCGGGGGCCACCACGACCCCCACUCGGACGAGGACACGCCGACCUCGGACGACCUGGAGCAGUUCGCCAAGCAGUUCAAGCAGCGCCGGAUCAAACUGGGAUUUACCCAAGCGGACGUGGGCUUGGCCCUGGGCACCCUGUACGGGAACGUCUUCUCGCAGACCACCAUCUGCAGGUUCGAGGCCCUGCAGCUGAGCUUCAAGAACAUGUGCAAGCUGAAGCCUUUGUUGAACAAGUGGUUGGAGGAGGCGGACUCGUCUUCGGGCAGCCCCACCAGCAUAGACAAGAUCGCAGCCCAGGGGCGCAAGAGGAAAAAGCGCACCUCCAUCGAGGUGAGCGUCAAGGGCGCCCUGGAGAGCCACUUCCUCAAGUGCCCCAAGCCCUCUGCCCAGGAGAUCACCUCGCUGGCGGACAGCCUACAGCUGGAGAAAGAGGUGGUGCGAGUGUGGUUUUGUAACAGGAGACAGAAAGAGAAACGCAUGACUCCCCCGGGAGGGACUCUGCCCGGAGCCGAGGAUGUAUAUGGGGCAAGUAGGGACACUCCACCACACCACGGGGUGCAGACGCCUGUGCAGUGA